AUGUUCAGCAUGUUUGGUACAAGGUUUCGGCAAUUCCUCUCCGGAUGUGCUGCUAAGCUUGUUUUCUUUACAGGUGAAAAUCUCAGACCUCCAGUUGGGAAGGUGCCUUUGUGCAUUUCCUUUGAUCACAUCGACGUUGCUCCAACCAUGCACACGCGAAUCCCUUUGUGGGUUUUCAACAAGGAGGUUCACGAUGUUUUGGAAAUGCAUGCACAAAGACUCAGUGGGAAGGUGGACUCGUCCAUUUGCCAACGGGAUGGGUUUUGCUGCUUUGUGGCCAGCAAUGCUAGUAUGUACAAAGCUGAAUGGAGGAAGCGCUUUGUGGAAACAUUGUCUGCAAGGUACAAAAAAGUGGACUGUGGGGGGGAAGUCCUGAACAACGUCGGGGGUAGAGUCAAGGACAAGAUCAGCUUCUUGCGUGGAUAUCGUUUCAACGUGUGCUUUGAGAAUGCGUCACAGCCAGGCUCAUUGGGUUCUGCUGCAGCAUGCCAAUCGUAUCAAUCGUCAAUGUUCUCUAGCAGCAAGCUUGCUCCGCAGCCGAUCAUUCCCUGGCAGACUUCAAUCCGAGGGCCUUCAUAA